AUGGAAAAACGAAAAAAAUUAAGUAAACGCUUGAAUAUAAUAAAACUUUUACUUGCUGCAUUACCAACUGUUGCCUUCGGUGUUUUUACAAUUGUUUUCACUUUACAACAAGAUGCAUCUGCUAAAGCAACACGAGAACAAGAUCAACAACAAGCAGAUGAAACUAAUCGACGUCUCAUCUUUAAAGAAUAUAUUGAUGAUAUGACAGAUCUUCUUCUCAGUAAACGAUAUGAUACGAAUAUCAAUGAGUCUUUGUUACAUAUACGAGUACAAACACUAACUGUUCUGAGAAAUCUUGAUGGUGCUCGUAAAUCCGAUGUUAUUCGUUUUCUUUAUGAAAGUCAUUUAAUACAUAGUAAUCAACCAAUAAAAGUUCACCUAAAUGGAUCAGAUCUUACCGGUUUGAAAUUUAUAAAAUCAUCAGCAGAAAGUUGUGAUCUUACGGAUAUUUAUUUACCGGGAGUUUAUGGUGAAAAUAUUCUUUUCGAAGGUUGUCUUCUGGAUCGAGCAGUUUUCGAUCAUGCUGAGAUGUGUGGCACAGUAUUUCAAUCAUGCAGUUUGGUCAAUUCUACUUUUCUUGAAACCAAUUUAACUAAAGCACACUUUCAAGACAAUCAACUUUUUGCAGCAAAAUUCAAUGGUGCUUUAUUGUCUCAUUCAUCUAUUAAAGGUGGUGUUUUGCAAGGAAUGGAUUUUACUAAUGCAGAUCUCUAUCAAAGUGAUAUUGAUCAUGAAGUUUUUUAUCCUUUGGCACAUGGUGGUCUAAUAGCAAAUAUUUUCAUCAAUGCUCGUCAUCCCAACGGAUCAUUUUUUGCUAUUGAUACAAAUGAUUUGAUUGUUGAUGGUCAAGCACAGACAAAAUGUAAUCAAAGCAGAACAUUGUCGUGGUUAAACGCGCUUAAUGAUAAUCCAAUAGAAAUUAUAAAUCGAAGCCAGAUUGAUUUACAAGACACGUCCAUAGUGGAAAGUGAUUGUGUCUUUAGAUUUGAUCAAAAUACGUUUGUUUAUCAAGCGAUUCUAUUACAAAGUUUUUCUCUUUUGGUCGAUCAAAAGCAAGCCUUGUUCAAUUUUUCAGUAUUGAUUGGAACAAAAAAUCCAACUGUCGAGGAUGAAAUAUCGAUCUCUAUGCUUUUUCGUCAAGCAGAAGGUUCAUUCGAUUAUAAACAACGAGUAAUAAGAUCAUUCAAGAAUAUUUCAUCAUUUCAAUUGUAUUCCAUUGUCGAUGCAAUUCCUCCAAAAACGGCAUUUCUUUUAAUAAGCUUGGGAUGUAAGACAGUUGGUAGUAAAGAUCAAUGGUGCUUUUUUGAUCAAGCAAAAUUAUUCGUAUCGAAAAAUACAUCUUAA